CUUGAUAUUGCUCCAUUCUAAUCAUUUAUAUAAAUCGUGUUUUUUUUUUUAAAUCAUAACAAAAUAGUUUCAUAUUAUUUCAAUAUGAAUAGCUUGUAAAUAGUUAAAAUUAAUGUAUGUCUUCAUUAUGAAUUGAUAAAUCGAUCUUCGUUGGCCAAUAAAAGCUAAAAUAAGCCUGUGUAAGAUAAAGCUAUAAGGUGGUGAAGCAAAAACGUUGGAGACAGCAAGAAAAAGUUUGGAUCUAAUAAUGAACUAAAUCAAUCAGAAUUAUCAAAAGCCUUGUGUUCUUCACAAAGUCUUCCACAGCCGUCUCUUAAAUCUCGUCGAUUGAGUCAUGAAUUACUUUCAAAAACACCUAGUUCAUUUCGAGGUUCACAAAUAAUAUCUUCUGCCAGUGCUGACUUAUCCCCUUUCCGCUCAACAGAACCUACCACCUUCUACGUGCAGGAACAAUAUGUUACUCCUUCGGAAGAGCUUUUAGCUACAAGCACUCCAAAGAGAAAAUCUGUUAAAGACGACCAUAUGGAAAACGAUAAGAAAUCUGGACGUCCGAAUACGAGCAAUGAACAGGUAAAUAAAUCAGAACCGAAACAUUCAAGAUCUUGGAGGAAAUCAUCAUCACCACAAAAUAAGACAUCGUCAGAACAAGGACAAUCGGAUCUACCUCCUAUCAAAGAGGAGACAAAAGAUGAAUAUGAUCACGAACUUUACCAUACAAACCCUCGGGUCUUCAAACCAAGACUAUACAACUUUAAGAACCCUCUUUACAAUCUUAACCAGGCUGACAAAAACUCAUUCAAAGUGUUAGCACCACCCUUCUGGGUGUUAGUAGACCAUAUGAUUGCUGUUGUUUGGUUUCUAUAUUCUGGAGAUAAAAGAGAGAAAGUAGAAUAUGUUCAUUUGCAAUGGGCUCUUGAGUUUGCAAGGUGGUUGAGGAAUGAGAAAGGUGAUCAUUCUAAAAUAAUAAAGAAUCUUUUAAUAGUUUUUUAUGAGGCCAUUUCUGAGAUAAAACAAAAGGAAAAAGAAGAUGACACUAAACCCCCAGAUGAUCAGGAGGGUAAUGAAGAUGCUCAUACUGCGUGUCCUAAGGAAGAUGAAAUGACGUCAGUAACUCUUCAAGAUAUCCUUUCUAGGACAACGAGUCUGCCACCUGAAAAGGUAUUGAAUAUCGAUUAGUCAGGCUGGAAAGAAGCUUUUAACCUCAAGAACAUAUAACCUUAGUUGAGUGUAAACCUGUGAUAACUUAGAUUUUGUUUCUGUGUUGUUGUUUACAUUUAUUAUCGCUGACUUAGUUGGUGAUUGUUAAUUGUGGCGUGUUAAGAUGUCUCUGUAUGAUGACUUGGAUACUUUAAGGCAAAAAUCAGAAGAAGUUGCGGGUUGGUCAUCUGGUAUUAAGUUAUUUCAAUCACAUCUCCAAGCGAAGAAAGCUGUUAAUUCAACAAAACGAGAUGGUACUAAAAAGGUUACCAGUGUCUUAGCGCCUGUCUUUGAUCUCAAUUCGAAAAAGGAUGAAGAAGAAGCUGAGGAAAUGCUUAUGAAAGAAUCUGUCAAACAAAAUAAUGAUAAUUUCAUUGCAGAUGACCUUGACUGGAAUUUUACUGGUGAAGAAUAUGAUCCAUUAUGGCCUAACGAUUAUGAAAAGGUUGUUAAAGACCUUCGAGAACUUAGAGAAAAAGAAAAGGAAAGAGAAGAUGAAGAAAGACAAAAAAAGCGAGAAGACAGGCUUAGGACUAGAGAGAGCAGAUUUGAACCAAUAGAAGAAAAUAAACCUCCUGAAGAGGAAAUAGAAGAAAAGCCAAGAGGUGGAGGAGUUGCGAUUGCACCACCUCCAUCUUUACAAGAGCAAGUAAUACCAAAAGCCUAUGGAGCAUCAGUAGCUGCUAAAAUUAUGGCCAAGUAUGGGUUUAAGGAAGGCCAAGGAUUAGGAAAAAAGGAGCAAGGUAUUUCAAUGGCUUUACAGGUUGAAAAAACUUCCAAAAGAGGUGGAAGGAUAGUACAUGAAAAAGACAUAAUGCCACCACCACCCCCUGCGCCCAGUGCUCCUCUUAAUUCUGGCUUGGGAGCUAUCAUGCCCCCUCCUCCCCCUGCACCAAUGUCUCCUCCUCGACCUGGCUCUCCCAAGUCACAAGUUUCGAUUACUGAAAUUAUGAAACAACCAUCCAAAGUUGUUUUGCUGAGGAACAUGGUUGGACCAGGGGAAGUUGAUGAAGAAUUAGAGCCAGAAGUGAAAGAUGAAUGUAACACAAAAUAUGGAGAUGUGGUUCGUGUAAUUAUUUAUGAACUUCCUAAUGUUCACCCUGAGGAAGCUGUGAGAAUAUUUGUUGAGUUUAAAAGAAUUGAAUCAGCUAUUAAAGCUGUUGUAGAUUUGAAUGGACGAUUUUUUGGUGGUAGGCAAGUCAAAGCUGGUUUUUAUCCAUGGGAAAAACUAGAAAAUCUGGAACUUUUAGAUUAGUAUAUAUACAUAUACUACCAUUUGUGUGAUUCAAUUAUAAAUAUUUAUUUAAUUUGAUGAACUAUAUUUUUUAAAUACAUGUCUUUACUAUUUAGUUUUUUUUUAAUCAAAUAAACAUAAUGCGCAUUAUAUUCAGGUACGUGGUCCAUGUUCUGGUGGUGGCCCGGUUUACGAAUCUAGUGUUAAAGAAUACCCUUCUCCUGUUCGUCCUAAAUCUGAAAGAUCUAGUAAAGAUGAUGAUGAGGAUACAGAGCGGUUAUUGAAAUUUUUAGAAGAGUUGAAAGAAAGUCAAAAUGAUAAAGUUACUAAGGAGUCUAACAGAUUACAGGAGUUGGAUAAAGCUAUUGAAGCACUCAGGGAAGGAAAAUUGAAAUUCAGUGCAUGGCUGAAAGAACAUAUUAAAUAAGUUAUUUAGGACUAGUACCAGAAUUAAAAAAUUUAAUUUGGUUGUAAUUUAUCAUCUUGCUAGUUAUUUAUUAUCUUGUUAAUUCCACUAUUUUUCCUUGAAGUGAAAUAGAACCAAGACCAAUCAUUAAUUAAAAGAUAUUACAUGCCUGACACAAUGUACGAAUAACAUUUAAAUGCAAUAGUAUCUUCUAUUGCUCCAAAAGGGGGCCGCUUGAGGAUAAUUUAAAUUACUUAAUUUUUUAUUGGGCAUUCAUCAAGAAUGGUCAUGUAAUGGACUCCAUAUGAUCUGAAAAGAAGAGGGCGUCAAAAGAAAAGGUGACGCGUUUAAGCGGUUGGUAGGACCCGUCUUGUGAAGAGCUGCUAGAGACAGGUAUGUCUGGAAGAAAAAGUGGACGGAACUCUCAUCCUAAUAGGGCUAGUCACCCAGGGAAGCGCUGACUAUUACUCCCAAAAGGGUAGGCCUAUGCAAGAAAAAAGUGAAAAAUAAUCAAUUAUUAAUUUCUUUUCAUACUUAAAGAAUAUGUUUAUUUAAAGGUAUUAUGUAUUAAUCUUUGCAUAAAUAAAGGUUAUAUCAUUUCAUUCCGUUUCAUCUUAUGAAUGAAAUCAUUAAUCUAUCUACCAAUCAAAGGUACAUUCUGUCAGGAUUUGAAAUCGAUAAUUAUUUUUUCCAUAAAAUCAUCUAAUAAUUAUAAUUAUUAUAUUUGAUUUUUGAUUUAUAAAUCGUGUCUGAUUUUUAAAUAAAAAUAUUAAUCGAUCUUUGAUGUUUAUUAAUUCGAUUAAAAAUAAUGAUCACUCACUGAGUAAUAUGAUUUUACAUAAAUAAUGAUUGAAAAAAUGUUCACCUUUUAGACACAAUUUAAAUUAAAUAUUAAUAUGUAUGUAUAUGUAAUUAAUCAACACAUUUUUUAAAAAUAAAAUUUCUGAAAUAGCUAACUUUGCAUGCGAUAACUGCACUAUGUAUAGGUAUUCAUCUACAUUUUUUUUUUUCAACUAAAAUUUCUAAUGAAUUUUGGAAGUAAAGAUGUUCUGUUGCUAAUAGUUGACAAAAAUAUUCUCCACCUACUACUCCAGAUUCAAAAUAUAUCAUAGAGAUUACAAAGAAUUAUGUUUCUGAUUUUAAAAAGUUUUUUUUGUUUCUAGCCUGUUCUUACAAGUAUUGUACAACCUGUAUCUUCCUGCAGGGACAAGCCAUAGUGGGAAGUAGAGUUGGGAUUCGAUUCUUUGAUCUUUUAUUUUACUAGUAUAGUAUAAACACAGC